UUAGGGUUCAGCAUAAAUAAAAAUGAAAAUAAGCAAACCAGCAAUAAUACCUGCACACUUUUUAUAUUCAUAAAUUCUUCACAGAUGGUAACAUUUUGGUCCAGCUAUAACUUUCUUUGAAUGUUCUGUGAUGAGUUCACCUUGGAUUCAGUGAAGAGUUUGUGCUAUUGAUAUGAACUCAAGGUUAGGGGUUAGUUAGUUAAGUGAGGGAGUUAUCAUAUAAUUAGAUAGUUAGUUAAGAGGGUUAGUAAGGCUUGUUGCCUAUAAAUAAGAAAGGGUUAGAGAACAUUAGCCAUCUUGUUGUUCAGUUUAGGAAUUGGGUUAGAGAGAGAAGUGGUUCUCUCUUAGGCUUGGAAGGGUGUUUGGUAUCCCUUUCUCUUGUAUCUCUCCCUAGUUUCCAAUUGGGAAUUAGGGUUUUCUAUCAAUAAAAAUCAGGUUCUAUCAUUGGUAUCAGAGCACCGAUCUUGGUGCCUGAACUUCAAAUCUACGCAUGGAAGAGACAAAGAGCAAGCUGAGAAUUUCAGAGGAAAUUCCAAUUUUGGGUGGAGAUGAAGCUCUGGAAUGGAUACAGCGUUUGGAGGUUGUGCUGCGAGGAGUUUCAGAAGAAGAGAAGUUGCAGGCUUCAAUGGAGGCUUUAAAAGGAAGAGCUCUUACCUGGUUUCAAUGGUGGAAACGUUGUAAUUCGAAUCCAUCAUGGGAAGGGUUCAAGAUUGCAGUGGUGAGGAGGUUUCAGCCAUCAAAGAUUCAGAAUCCAUUUGAGUUGCUUCUUUCUCUGAAGCAAGAUGAAACGGUGGAAGAUUAUGUGAAAGAUUUUGAGAAGUACGUGGGUGCUCUCAGAGAAAUUGAUCCAGAAUUUGUGAAAGACACUUUCUUGAAGGGAUUGAAGGAAGAAAUCCGGAUAGAGGUACAAUCCUAUGAAUUUCAUUCUCUUUCUGAGAUUAUUCAGAACACCAUUUUCGUCGCACAAGAAAGGACAGGAUCGGAGUUUGCAUCAGAGGCAGAGGGAAACGAAACCUCUGAAGCAGAGGCGACGCCGGAGAAUGUGAAUCAUGACACCACGGCGGUAGAAGUGAUUCAGAAACAAGAUCUUGCAACAGAGGGUGAAUCGGAAACAAGGGCGGAGGAGAAAGAACGAGUUGCAACAAAAACAGAGCAAGAACGUGCGUUGAGCGACGAACGAGCAUCGUCGACGGUGGCGAUUGAGCGAUUUUCGCUGAAGCUGACGCACCAUGGUGGCUGGGAUUUCAUUGGUGAACCACCAAGUCUUGGUUUUCCGUUGAUGGUGAUGGGCUUGUUCCAAUGGCUGCCACCGAUACCAUCUGAUCACGCAGUCCGAUUGCUGCAUGAGGGAGGUUCAUCGGAGUGGAGCAGAAGACUGGCGUCAAGGUUGUUGAACCCAUAUCCUUGUAGGCCGCCGGAUGGAAAUCUGCCACCGCCGGAACCGCCGGAUUUAUCGGUUGGCUGCGGUGAGGUUCUUCCGUUGCUGGUUGGUCAUGCUGAGUGGGAAGGGAAAACGCACAGAAGGCUGGGAUGGAGGAACACAGAGAGGGCAGGGGUCAAGGUUUGGACUUACAAUCCUAAUGGGCCAAGCCCAAAUAUCAGAUUUGAGGAAUUGGGCCAUACUGAUGAUUGGGCCCAAAUUAGUGGAGGAAUAAAUGGUUAUUGUCACAAUGAAGCUGGAUACCAGAUGACUUGGGCCAGGAAGUGCGUCUCUAAUCAGCCAAGGCCUUGUGCGUUGGAAUUAGGCUGGUGCAGGGACAUCAAUGCAUCUAUAAAGGCAAGGUUUAGUGAGACGAAGGUGGUGAUGCUGGGAACUUUUAUCAGAAUUGUUUAUGAGAAGGGAAAGAGGGACUUCAACCCAUUUACAGUAGCAUGGACUAGCCUGGAGAUGGUGGUGGUGUUCCCAUUUUUCAUCAGAUCCUUUUAUGAGAAUGGAACAAGGUAUGCAAAUAUUUUUGUUGCAAGAUUGCGCCAAGCACAAGUUCUUCCUGUAUUAUGCGAUAUUGUAGAAGAAGCAUCUCUGGUAGUAUUUAGCUUCCCAAGUUUCAAUUGGGGCAUUAAGAGCCAGCAUCGAAGAGGGUCUAAUUCCACCCAUGAAUUGUUUUCCCAAUUACUGCUUGUUGCUAAUAGCUUGGAGUUGUACCGAGUUCUAGACUUUACAAAGUAUUCAGUUGUUGUUCCUCAUACACUGGGAUUCAGUAUCUGGGAUUUCAUAGGCACUGAGAGCAAUUGGUUGAGGUGGAAAUUGGUUCAGAUUAGGCAUGAAAUUGGUUCUGGACAUGCAAUUGGGGUGUAUAAUGCAAUUUGGAUUCAUGAUAUGGCCAUGGUAAUGACAGUGGUUGAAGCUAGUUCUGUGUAUAAACAUGGGGUGGGGAAUAUCAGCUUGGAAUUGCUAGUUUUUGAAGAAUAUCUUGGCUUGCUACUUCAAAGGUCCAUUGACAACGGCAAAAUCUAUUUCAGCGAUUCUGGGGUUUGGAUCAACAAACCACACACGGCUUUAUUUUUCCAAAAGGACCAAAGCUAUAGGAUAGAGUGGUAUUCAGUUCCAGCAUUUUUGCUUCACUGGCAGCUAUGCGCUACGCCAUGUCAACCUCAUGCUUUUGUUGAAUUAGAUGCUGAAUUUCAAAACUGGGGCUUCCUAGGUGCUGAGUUCCAUAUUCUGACUUGGAGGACAGGGGAGCUGCAACGUGGUUCAAGCACAACUUGGCUAUUAUGUUACAUGCUAUGGGAUCCAGGUAUGAAUCGCCUUAUUGGAGAUCCCUUGCCGCAAACCGCAUUCAAGUUGCAUGGAGAUAUAGACAGAAACGUCUGAGUCGUGUUAAUUCCUCAGUAACAACUAAACAUUGAGGUAGUAGUUGUAAUGUUACAUCUGAUUUUUUUGAUAGGAUAAUGUUACAUCUGAUAUUCUGGUUUGGCAGUUUUUUAAUGUCCAACAAAAAUAUAGUAGAUUCAUUAGCUCGUUAUCACAUACAAAGGUGUCCAUUAUCUAAAUGAUAAAAGGUCAUGUAGAGCAUGUUUGGAAACUAUUAUAUAAUUGAUUUUAAAGUCAAAAUCAAUUAUGGGAAUAAGUUGCCAUGAAUAGCUUCCAUU